AUGUUCGCCCUCCCAAAAAUGCCGCCCACCGCCACCAUUUUCUCCACCUACGCCUCCUUGGCCGCCUCCAUAAUGCUCGUCCGCUCCCUCACCACGGACCUUGUACCGGACCCCAUCCGAUCCUACAUUCAAUCCGCUCUCGUCUAUUUCUUCACUCCACAUUCAAAUCAACUCACAAUCGUCAUAGAUGAGAAUUCGGGAAUUUCCCGAAACCAAGUCUAUGACGCUGCAGAAAUCUAUCUGCGUAACAAGGUCAGCCCAUCAACAGAGCGUUUCAAAGUCGGUAAGACUUCGAGACAAAAGAAUCUCAACGUGACUAUUGAAAAAAAUGAAGAAGUUGUUGACGAGUUCCAGAAUUUCCAGCUCAAGUGGAAGUUUGUGGUGAUAGAACCUAACAACAUGUACAACGAAAAGCAUUUUUUCGAGCUCGUUUUCCAUAAAAAGUACAAAGAAAAGGUACUCAACGAGUACUUGCCUUUUGUUCUGUCCAAAUCCAAGGAAAUAAGAGAUAAUGACAGGGUCGUGAAGCUCUACACGAGAGAUUGUCCUUAUGAUGAUGAUGAUGGUGGCAGCGGGGUGUGGGGGUCGAUCCACCUCGAGCAUCCGUCCACGUUUGAGACGUUGGCGAUGGAUUCGGAGAUGAAGAUGGCGAUAAUUGAUGAUUUGGAGAGGUUUGUGAAGAGGAAGGAGUUUUAUAAGAAGGUGGGGAAGGCUUGGAAGAGAGGGUACUUGUUGUAUGGUCCUCCCGGGACCGGAAAAUCGAGCUUGAUUGCUGCCAUGGCGAAUUAUCUCAAGUUUGAUAUAUAUGAUUUGGAGCUUACAAGUUUGUACUCCAAUUCUGAGCUGAGGAGGAUACUGGUUUCCACGACCAACCGGUCUAUAAUUGUAAUUGAAGACAUAGAUUGCAGUGUGGAGAUGCAAGAUAGAGAGCUCGGAAAUGAUGUUCCUAAUACCAAGUUGACAUUAUCUGGUCUGUUAAACUUCAUAGAUGGAUUGUGGUCGAGUUGUGGAGAUGAGCGAAUCAUCAUUUUUACAACGAACCAUAAGGACCGGCUCGACCCUGCCCUAUUGCGCCCUGGUCGCAUGGACAUGCACAUUCACAUGUCAUAUUGUACUAUUCAAGGAUUUAAGCUCUUAGCCUCCAAUUACCUUGGCAUCAAUGAUCAACACAGGUUGUUUGGGGAGAUAGAAAAUCUAAUAGAAAAUGUAGAGGUCACUCCUGCUGAAGUUGCCGAGGAACUAAUGAAAAGUGAGGACACUGAUGCUGCUCUAGGUGGAGUUGUUACUUUCCUCAAGCAUAAGCAGAUUAAAGCCAAUGAGAUGAAGGAAAAAAAUGGUGGAUGUGAACUUCAGGAAGGGUCUGAAGGGAAGAGGCUAAGAAACAAUAAUGCUGAAAAAAAGCUGGAAGAAACUGUAGAAAAGGAAGGGUUAGAGAAAAAUCUGAAUUGA